AGCUACAGCGUGGAUAUGUGUGUGAGGCAGCGACACUGGGAUAUAGAGGAGAGAGCACGAGAUGCUGACAGAUUCCUGAUAGAUGUGCAAAAUGGCGCAAGCAAGUUCUACCCCUGCGAGCCACCAAUUGUUGUAGUUCAUGAACAUGAAGAGCUAGCUGUAUGUCUGUUUUCUUCCGAUCGCCUCACGUUGUUUUUAGUAUCGUAAUAUAUUUCAAAGUGAUUAAAUGGCUACCAGAAGGCUCUGCCUUGUUCCAUGCAUUUUUGGAUUGCUCCUCAACGCUUUAGUCGGUGUGACAUCGGGAGCAGAGCUCUCCUUCACGCUGGAGCCCAGUGACAUCAUCGCGGUGCAGGAGCAGCCGCUCAUGCUGCACUGUCAGGUGGACGGCAUCCCACCAAUCACCACGCAGUGGAGACGGAACGGAGUCCACCUGGUGGUUGACCAAUACUACACCAUGUUCCACAACGGCACUCUGCUGAUUGGACGCUUCCAGAGGACCAAGUCUGACGGCUCAACUGAUGAAGGGGAUUAUGAGUGCGUGGGCCAGAACUCCUUUGGUCUGGUGGUGAGCCGCAGGGCCAGGGUUCAGGCCGCCACGAUGACGGAGUUCCAUGUCCAGCCGCGGUCAGUGCGUGCGGAGGAGGCGGGCAUGGGGCGGUUCCAGUGCCAGAUUCACGGCCUGCCUGAGCCUGCCAUCAGCUGGGAGAAAGAUGGCCGCUCCGUGGACACUAAGGAUGAGAGGUAUACCCUGCUCCCCACUGGUGUUCUGCAGAUCACAGGUCUGCGUCAGGAGGAUAGUGGUGUGUUCUGCUGUGUGGCCCACAACAGUGCAGGAGUAAAGCACAGUGCCGGGGCUCGCCUCACCGUCUCAGUAUCCCAGUCUUCUGUUUACAAAGAGCCCAUGAUCCUCGUGGGUCCUGAAAACCUCACUCUCACCGUUCACCAGACGGCCAUCUUGGAAUGUGUUGCCACAGGAUAUCCCCGCCCCAUCGUGUCAUGGAGCAGGCUUGAUGGCCGUCCGAUAGGUGUGGAGGGCAUCCAGGUGCUGGGUACAGGGAACCUGAUGAUCACAGAUGUCGGGGUCCAGCACUCUGGCGUCUACGUCUGCGCUGCCAACAAACCAGGGACCCGUGUACGCAGAACCGCUCAGGGACGUCUGGUGGUCCAAGCCCCGGCAGAGUUUGUGCAGCCUCCUCAGUCCAUCUCCCGGCCGGUGGGCACCACUGCUAUCUUCACCUGCCAGGCGCAGGGCGACCCUGUGCCCCAGCUCACCUGGCUGAAGAACGGGCAGAUCCUGGAGCCUGGAGGGCACGUCAAGCUCAGGAACAACAACACCACGCUGACCAUCUAUGGCAUCAGUCAGGAGGACGAAGCCAUCUACCAGUGCAUCGCUGAGAACAGCGCUGGCUCCACCCAGGCCAGUGCCCGCCUCACCGUGCUGUGGGCAGACGGCCUGCCAGGGAUGCCCAGUGUGGUGCGGGCCGAGGCCCUCUCACCCAACGCCAUCCAGGUGUCCUGGAAGGAGUCUGCCCAGGACACUCAGGAGAUCAUCGGCUAUGUGCUCCACAUCCGCAGGACCACAGACCCUGUGGAGAUGGAGUACCAGGAAGCCGUCAGUAAGGUGACUCUACAGCAGGUCGUGGGUGAUCUGGAGCCCUCCACCGGCUACACCUUCUAUGUGAAGGCUUACACGUCCCGCGGAGCCAGCAAACCCUCCGAGAGCGCCACCGAGAGCACGCUGGGCGAAGUGCCAGCACCCCCGUCACUGUUCAUUAAAUUGGUGAAUAGCAAUGUGGUGCAGGCCGUGUGGGAGCCAUCCUCUAAGAUGGGCCAACAUGAGGGCUUCAGGCUGUACUACAGGAGGGUCCACACCCCCCUCUUCACCGGACCACUCACCUUCACCCGCAACGUCACCCAGUACAACAUCACCCAGCUGGAUCCAACCCUGGUGUAUGAGAUUAAGGUUCUGGCCUUCAACCAACACGGAGAUGGCAACGCCACCAUGCGCUUCGUCUCACUGAAGGAGGCUGUGGAGAAAUCAGUGCUGAACACCCCCUGUGACUGUGUGAAAGAUGAACAGAGCAAGACCUCUACAACCGGGAUCGUCAUCGGCAUCCAUAUAGGAGUCACCUGCAUCGUAUUCUGCGUGCUCUUCCUCAUGUUCAGCUACAGGGGGAGGUUGAUGACGUGUAAGACAGUGCAGGCCACCCCCCAGGCCGGGCGUAACAUUGCCCUGGAGUUGUCCUCCACCUCCCAGGGGGCCCUGGCCUUAAACGGGGUGAGCAGAUCAGGCAUGGAAGGGAACGGCAGCCUUGCUAGGAAGAGCAGGGGAGACAGCAACGAGCUGGAGAGACUCUUCUCAGGCCCGUCCCACUGUGGAGACCUAGCAGACAGUUCAUGCAUGUUGGAUAGGUCCCUGGUGUCCUGUGCGCUGAACGAGACCCAGUUGUCCACUUUGCCGUUGGAUGACUUCAGCCUUGUGGUGGAGCGGGACAGAGAGACGCAGUUCCAGAGGCCUCCAGCAGAGGGCCGGGCGGCCAGUGACAGGGCUGUGGCCGGGGUCACCCAGCAGAACCAGACCUGAUAGAAGCAUGAACGUCAAGUCUGUGACACGGUCACAGUGUCACCUCAGACUCGUAUCACACUCAGGUCGACCGAAGUAUUUCUUUUCCUAUUAGUUUUUCUUUGUGCAAAGAAUUGUAUUAUUGGUAAGUUAAAUAAGUCGCCUCUGGAAAAGUUAUAGGGUCUUGGACUUGUCCCCGGCCUUGGUUUUUGGUGCGCUUUUGUGAUGGACAGCUAGGUUUUAGCUUUGGCAGGUGAAUUAAGUGUUCUUGUUUUGUUUUUUUACUUCCUUCAUUUUCUGGUUUGCCGGCAGCACACAGAAUAGAUAUCCAGAAUGUCUUUGUUAUACACUCAUCAUUUUAUCUCAGAGUCGAAUAUGUUUUUAUUCCUCCUCUAUCUCACAAAAUGGUUCUAAGUUAUUGGUCUUAUUUCUACUAUUACUUUCAAUGUCAAAGACUGCUGCCUCCUCUCAGCCUAGCAAGGAUUCCACAAACGCAUCCAACAAAGACUUAAGGCCUUCUUCCAGUGAAUUCAUACAUUCUCUGUCUCAGGACUUUUCUUUUCAGUGAUAUCAAUGGUUUUUUAUUAGUUCUCGGCCUUCAUACAGGUUCUUAACUUGGCUCUGUGAACCUUAGGAUUCAACAAAAACCUACCUCAGCCGGAAUGAAUGUGACGUGGGAAACCUUUUUGGAUCCGUCUUUUCCCCCUGCGUUCAGUUACUUUUACAUGUAGAGCGAUCGGUUCGUAAAACACGAGAACAGGUGCCACGCUACCUCAGAUGUCAAGAACCGCCGCUCUCCUGCUUGUCGAAGCGAGGGGGAAAAAGAAGAAAAAAAAUCCAACGGAAAGCACUUCAAAACGCUGAAGUCCACGUUCUACCUCAAGAUAACAAUGUUGUAGUUGUUCUUUCUUUCAUAAUGAAACAUGUACUUCUGUUGUGAGAGCUCCUGGCUUCCCUCCGUUGAUGAAUUGCUGUUUGUGGAUAUGUCAGUACCUCAUGCAAGUUGACAGACGAUAUUGUUGUAAGCAUUCUACUUGUAAAAGACAUUUUUCAUAGUUUUCCAUCGUGUUUGCGUGAGAUAUUUUCUCUUUGUUUUAUUUGAAUCUUAGUUGCUUCUGUUGAUUGAAAAGACUGUUAGCGAUGCACUGCACUGCCACUAAUCAUUUCAGGACAGUUUUACUGCUAUGUGAGAACUGCUGCAGAUAUUCCAUUGGGCAGGUGAGGUUUUAGUUACAUUUACACUUGAUUGAGACAUACAUCAUAUGUGUAUUUAUGAAUGAUUGCAGGAUGGAAUUGGUGUGUGUGUGUGUGUGUGUGUGUGUGUGUGUGUGUGUGUGUGUGUGUGUGUGUGUGUGUGUGUGUGUGUGUGUGUGUGUGUGUGUGUGUGUGUGUGUGUGUGUGUGUGUGUGUGUGUGUGUGUGUGGUAUAUGUGAUGUAUUUAGAUAAAUAAGCACAAAUGUAUCAAAAUGUCAUUGUAGGCAUUGACAACCAGAAAUAUUAAUGUAUCUGAUAUGAUCCCAGGUAAUUGGCUUUUCAAUUGGCAAUAGUGUUGUUCUAAUCUGAUUUUCUGGGCUCUGUCUGUCACUCACUCCGAGCUGUGGCACAGUGCACUCCUCUUGUUAUAGUUCAUCAAUUCAAAUCAAUUGUCUUCUGUCGUAAUAGCCAAGACUUCUCGAGCCUGUCCAUCCCAGAUCCCUCACUCCAUCCCUCACUCCAUCCCUCACUCCAUCCCUCACUCCAUCCCUCUUCCACACUGGCAAAUGAAAGUGCUUCAGGAAAACCUUUAUCACACUGCUGCAUGCAAAUCCAGAGGGAGAUGGUUUAACAGGUGGACCACAGGUAUUAACUCACAGGUCUGAGUUCAGUGUGCUCAUGCUGUCAUCUUCCUGAGCAAACACACAGUCAACUUGAUGUUAUUAGACUUGGAUCUGAUCCAGGGUCAGAUCUGGGAGUACCACCACCACUGCUCCACCUGUUCCUCCAGAACCAUGCUCUCUGGAGCUGGAGCUUCCCUGAGGCAGAGCCAACCUGAGCCAGGCCAGUACUCUUACGGUAGCCUGGGUUAGUGCCGCUGUCCGACGGACCCCCUGUCUUCUCCCUGGCUCUCUCUACUGUAGAGAUAGAUCACAUUUGAACUCUCACGUAAUGGCCUAUAGCAGUAUUACUCUGGUAACCUACCUCAACCCCGACACGACCGUCCUGCUCUCAGGUUGCUCCCUCUCACACUCUGACCGAAACUUCUAUAUGUACAUAAAUAUAGACCACACACACGUAAUGACACACACACUCCUUGGGAAGGGAGGAUGUCUUCAGGGCCUUGUGGUAGUGCAGUUGUGUGACAGAAAAACUUUAUGCUUAGCUUUUGUGGAUGUGAAUGUAUCACAAUUGUUUUUAUUACAUUUUUGUUGUAUUAGAAGCUUUUACGUAUGUUUUUUUCACUCAGCCUUGAAUGUCUUUGAACAUGUGUCUGUUAUAGACUAAUAAACGAGGACAUCAAACACUCACUGCAAACUGUAGUACAGCUACUCAGUAUAAACUGUAGUACAGCUACUCACUGCAGCCUGUAGUACAGCUACUCACUGCAGACUGUAGUGCAGCUACUCACUGCAGACUGUAGUACGGCUACUCACUGUAAACUGUAGUACAGCUACUCACUACAGACUGUAGUACGGCUACUCACUGCAGACUGUAGUACAGCUACUCACUGCAGACUGUAGUACGGCUACUCACUGCAGCCUGUAGUACAGCUACUCACUGCAGACUGUAGUACGGCUACUCACUGCAAACUGUAGUACAGCUACUCACUGCAGACUGUAGUACAGCUACUCACUGCAGACUGUAGUAUGGCUACUCACUGCAGCCUGUAGUACAGCUACUCACUGCAGACUGUAGUACAGCUACUCACUGCAGCCUGUAGUACAGCUACUCACUGCAGACUGUAGUACAGCUACUCACUGCAGACUGUAGUACGGCUACUCACUGCAAACUGUAGUACAGCUACUCACUGCAGACUGUAGUACAGCUACUCACUGCAGCCUGUAGUACAGCUACUCACUGCAGACUGUAGUGCAGCUACUCACUGCAGACUGUAGUACAGCUACUCACUGCAGACUGUAGUACGGCUACUCACUGCAACUGUAAUACGGCUACUCAGUAUAAACUGUAGUACAGCUACUCAGUAUAAACUGUAGUACAGCUACUCAGUAUAAACUGUAGUACAGCUACUCAGUAUAAACUGUAGUACAGCUACUCAGUAUAAACUGUAGUACAGCUACUCAGUAUAAACUGUAGUAUGGCUACUCAGUAUAAACUGUAGUACAGCUACUCAGUAUAAACUGUAGUACAGCUACUCACUGCAGACUGUAGUACAGCUACUCAGUAUAAACUGUAGUACAGCUACUCAGUAUAAACUGUAGUACAGCUACUCAGUAUAAACUAGUACAGCUACUCACUGCAGACUGUAGUACAGCUACUCAGUAUAAACUGUAGUACAGCUACUCAGUAUAAACUGUAGUACAGCUACUCAGUAUAAACUGUAGUACGGCUACUACUCUUUUACUCCCAGAACCCUCCUCACAGAUGAUGUGCAGCAGCAGGUGUUUGUAAAUACAGAUAAUGAACAGUCACCAGUUCUCACCCCUGAUGUAUUGCAAGGGGUUUCUGCAGUUAUCAGACUCAAAUUGUGUUAAUACAUGGAGUAACUCUAUUAGAUAUGAAAUACUGUACCCUUGAUAUAAAACAUCUCCUGUAAAGGCACACACAUAUUCCUACCUUCCUAGGCUGCAGUCAUCGAUUGAAUUGUAGUAAUUUGUUGCUCCAAUAUGUUUGAGUUAGAUAGUUUAGAGCAGCCAGUGCUCUCAUCCCUUUGUAGUUGGCUGAUUAGAGGAAGUGUGUGCAGCGCUUGGUCCAUUCUAGAUUUGACAUGGUAACGACACUAGCCUGAAACGGACUGCUUAAAUAAUUGGGACGCCUGUGUUAAAGCCGGGCUGUAGAACUGUGUUUCUGUUGGACUAUCUAUUGUACAGUUGUAAUGCACAUUACAUUCCAGAGACUGUGUGUCAGUGUGUGCUCCUCCGGCAGAGGGUUUUUAUUGUACGAUGCAGUAGAAGUCGUUGUUGUUAAUGCUUUGCAUUGUUGCCGAAAACGUGGAACCAGAACUCACCUGCAGUAAUUCUGUAUGUUGUGUUUGUUUGUUUCUUCACCGUGCGUUUCUUAAAUUGUCUCGCGGGUCUUCAUUUCUUGUAUUGUUAUUGUACAUGAUGGUAGAUUUACAUUGCAAGUCUUAGUAAAUCAUAACGAUAGUUGUCAAACUAGCAGAAAGAAAUGCCUCAGAAAUGUUACACGUGUAUUUAUGAACUGUUGAUGUAAUGUUCUCUCAUGUGCGUCUUUAAAAGCGUAAAAGAUGCUUGUGAGGAGGGGUCUCUCCAGAGAAACCAGAGGUACUUUUUCUUAGUAAUUUACAGUUCAUUUCCAAUGCUGGAAAUUGCCCACAUCUCAUCCCUGAUUUGACAGGUUUUAGUGCCACACAGAGCACAACUUAUUUACCCUUCACCCAGAAUGCCGAGCUGUAAAUUGAGGCAUCAUGUUUACAUGAUUGAUAUGAUCAUGAUUCUCCCAGUGCUUUACACUCCUAUAGAUCAAUGUUAAGAGCUGCCCUCUGUGAUCAACUGCUGAAGCUGCUCUAGUCUAUUCUGAUUUAUUACCACUCCAUUGGCUGGUGAGAUGAGAUUCUCCCACUAUCUAUUCUCAGCCCUGCUUCGUCGUCUCGUGAGAUUCCUGUCCGUUGAGUGUGUUUCUCUGGACAAAGAGAGAGUGGGCUGACAGUGCUCAGGGAACGUCUAUCUAAUCCUUAUGUUGUAUUCGUCACAGCGGAACACGGACUGGGCGCUCCACUAUGAGAGUUCAUGUUAUUUAGUACAAUCUUCCACUCACAGUGCUCUGACUGUGCCCUAUUCAACCAGUUUAGGGGGAGGGACUGCCUUUUUUGUUUUUCGACUAGGCAAAUAAUCAAGGAGAUAAUCUCUCCACUGUCACACAUACUGAGCAGAUAAUGGUAAUCCUCCAUGCAUGAAGAUGUGUAGCCUCAGUGAGCCACGUAUAUAGGGAUUCAUGAAUGAAGUUCACAACCGCUCUUCUUAGUACGGUUUUGUCUCCUUUUGUCUCUCUUCCUUGCCCCUCUGUAAUGCCACCUCUCCCUACACACACACACACACACACACACACAAACACCAGCGACACACACACAACUUUGUAAAGAAAGGAGUGUUUGUCAGAAUUACCCCAGUGCCCCAGCUCUCCCCAGAGAGAAUCAGGGGAGAGACAUUAGCUGGUUUAUCUCUGGCCCCACAAGGCUAUUGAGAACUGGAGAGUAAACACGUCAAACUGGGAAUCUGUAAAACAAACAUUUUUUCUGUGUGACAAUAAUGUUACCAUUUCAGCUUUUUAAGCCUCUUCAUGAAAGGGAUUAAAUGUUCAACUGUUUUCUCUGUUCUCUAACCCAGCCUUGGAAGGCGAGGGGAAGCUCUGAAUCUACUGCUGGCCAUGUUUUUUUCCUGUUGUUUUUUCUUUCUAUUUUUGCAGAUCCUAUUCAUGCUAAUGUGGACUCCUAAUAAGUUAGGAAUUCUCUUAACUGGCAGUUGCUGACCAGUGGCCACAAAGGAAAUAGUCAAGUAUCUACCAAGACUAAUAUAGACACUUGCACAAUCUUGUAGAAGUGAUUGUUUGAGUUUUAGAUGAUGUUACUGUAGGAGUAGGUACUCACGGUAUGCCAUACUGGCCUGAUAUCUUAAAACAAAGCCUCCCCCCAAACUGGUUUGGGCAUGAGUUAGUAUCUUAGUAAGAUUUGUUGCAACACAUCUAUGAAAUAUGGUGUGAUGUUGUAGUUACAUGAGAUACAACUCCAAGUCUGUCCAUGUAUUCCACAUGUUUUGCUCAUAUUGUAGAAACAGGAGAAAGCGAGCUACAUAUUGUAGGAGCUUAGCGAAAACGAUUACAGUGAUAUCUCAUUGUUGACAUGUUUGAAGCCACAGUGGGUGUAACCAACGAACAAGGCCUGUUGAGGGAUUGGCCUUUUUGUCAUGCUGUAACACCACACAGUUCAGAUGUAUUGAUCUGUUGAUAUGUGUCGUAUUGAUCACUGUGGCAACAAAUGACUAUACUUUUGAUUGUAAAUGGAUUGUAAAUGGAUUUGAAGACUUUCUAAUCAUUUGAAUUCUUGUAAUUUAGUGGUGAAUUAAUGGAAUUGUAACUUAAAGCAUGUUUGAGAUCAGUAGUAUAUUUGCACCUCUGUCGAGAAACACGCUAAAUCCAAUGUAUUUCAGCAUGGGCCACAGAGAAAAAUAGUUUUUUUUAAAACCAUAUCUUUCUCAGCUAUUCGCAAAUGUGCUGUUUCAGCAGAUUGCUAAAGUGUUAGUUUAUCAUUAUUGGAUUUGUGAUGGUGACACUGUGACAUUUAGCCAUUGGAACAGGGCAAAUAUUGUCAUCUCAACAUGGUGCUACUGAUGUUUCUACUCCACACCGUUGGUCUACAUAUUUGAUAGUCUGUAUUUGCUGCGACUGUUUCUACUCAGAAAAACAUUGUUGUAUAUCAUCUUGUUGAUCAUCGUCGUACCUGUUCUUAUAACUCACAUGGUCUUGUUUGAUCCCUUUUCCACCACUAAGAGAUGUAAUUGAUUUCACCGUCAAACCGUCAAAUCGAGUUCAUGGUCAUUCAACAGUGGAGACAAUAAAGCAUGAACCUUUUCAUACAAAUGUUUAUUAACAUGUUUUCGUGUUAAAGCUGUGCUUUAGAGAAGCGUGCGUUUAUGGAAAUACACAUGAAGUUUGCACAGCUUUAAUCUACAGUACAGACCUGCGUUGCUACGCCAUCAGCAGGGAUACGAGAGCUGCUUGUAUCUACAGGAAAACUUGUGCCUACUUAUUGUAGCUACAGCUGAGCUUACACAGGUGGUAUUUCUGUCAUAUUUGAUCUCCUCUUACCCAGUUUGGUUGGCAAUAAUGACUGUAUCCCUCCUCACAAACCCGUGGCAUUCUCUCCACCAGGCACAGAAGCCACCAGGCACAUCGCACAGGGCAAGGGGAAAAGGCUUUCCAAUGCAGUUACUAUACAUACGACUGUCAAAGUCAUUGUUGCUACUGCUACUACCAUGCCAUUGGGUUAUUAUAUAGCCGCAAAGGUGCUAACCUAAACCAAAUGUCAAAUACAGUGCCCAGCCAGUCUCUAUAGCCUCACUGUACUUUUAAUGUGGGGAAAGGCGCCUCGGUAUUUAGUGCUUAUGUUGGGUUUGAUAUAGGGACAGAGAUGGUGUGAUGAGAAUAGCCAGGCUAUGGAGAAGGAACUAAGAGAGCACAAACCUGUACAGUAUAGUAUAAUCAGCUGCAUAUUGUCUGUGGGGAGCUGUUCAGUCACAUCUGUCUGUCUAUAUGUCUGCUGAGGUUAGUGCCUCUGCCUGCCCUUGUGUCCCACAAUCAAAUUCAGGUCAAUAUCAAGUUUUUCCCGUCGGGGAUCAUUUUUUAUGUGUCCACAAAUGUGUGUUCUCUGUGAUACAGUAUCUGUAGUUGGUCGUGAUGGUUGGCCGUGAUUCACAUGUGUAUACAUAUGUAUAAUACUGUAUGUAUGUGUAUAUGUGUAUAAAGACAGACUAGAUCUUUUUUUAGUGGUUUGUAUUGUUUUAGAAGUCAUUGUGCCACACUGAUUAAAGGCAAGAGACGACAACAACGACGGUAAUAAACUCUAGUAAUUAAACGGA